CUUGAGAAAAUUAAGCCGAGAACACACUGUCAAUUUUUGAUAUAAAGUCAAGAUAACGGGAAUUUAAACAAGUUUGCCCCACUUCAAUUGUCCAGAUUCCCUUAUUACGUCCCUAAGGAAGACGAGAUCUGUUAAUUUAUCCUUAAAGCAGUGUCAUAUCGCCUAGCCAUGCUUCCUGCCUGCGUUAGAUCAAUCGGCAAAACAUCCCCUUCGAACGUUAAGGCUCUUGGGUUUUUGACGGGUGCGAAAAGUAGCUAUGCCACCGAAGUCAAGUUUGAUACGAAGCCCUAUCGGUUGCAUAAAUUGGACCAAGCUCCCGCAUCUGCGGCGACCCUAACGAAAGACGAUGCGAUCCAGUACUAUACACAGAUGCACACCAUACGUCGGAUGGAGACCUCGGCCGGUAACCUUUACAAGGAGAAAAUUAUUAGAGGAUUUUGUCAUCUUUAUUCGGGGCAGGUUAGUACCUGCAAUCGGUGGUACCUAUUCCAUCACUGAUGGAGCAAGGUUCUA